GGCGCGCGUAAAAGAGCGCGCACAGCUGUCAGCACCAAGGACAGCGCUCCACCGCAGAACAACAGCCGAAGCGCAGAGACGCAUCACUGAUUUCUGCUGCCAGCUUUCGUGUAAUAUGCGACUUCCUUGCUCUGCCUGUCUGCAGCCUGAUUUACCACAGGGAAUUAAGAGAAAGGCUGCACUGAAUGCCGCUUCUCUCAGACGCCAUCGCCUAAUUGAACCGGGCACCAUGAACAUAUCGCCGCAGUGUGUGUGAAUUUCGUACCUGGGAUUUUUUUAGUCUAAAACUGCCACACUGGACAUUGCUCUCAUUUUUAACAAGCGAACAGCUCAAACAAGAGCCUCCGGCAGCACUAAGAAGGAAGGACACUGGGACUCUCCGUGCGCUCUUCUGGCCCUCCACACGAUGCGUCUGCUUCUGCUGGCCGCGUUAUUCUCCUGCUCCUGCGUGCGGGGAGGCUGCGAGCCCAAGAUUGUGAACAUCGGGGCCGUCCUGAGCCAGAAGAGAUACGAGCAGGUGUUCAAGGAUGCGGUCAGUCAGGCGAACCAGGUGUACGGAAGGGAUAAAUUCAAGUUGACCGCCAUCUCUGUCACUCACAAAGCUAAUGCGAUUCAGAUGGCGCUGUCUGUGUGUGAGGAUCUCAUUUCCAGUCAGGUGUAUGCCAUCCUGGUGAGCCAUCCACCACAGUCCAAUGACCACCUGACGCCCACUCCGGUCUCCUACACCGCAGGGUUUUACCGAAUACCUGUAGUAGGGCUUACCACCAGGAUGUCCAUUUACUCAGACAAGAGCAUCCAUCUCUCAUUCCUCCGCACAGUGCCACCCUAUUCCCACCAGGCACAUGUGUGGUUUGACAUGAUGCGGGAAUUCCGCUGGAAUCACAUCAUUCUAAUCGUCAGCGACGACCAUGAAGGCAGAGCGGCACAGAAAAGACUUGAAACUCUUCUGGAAGAGAGAGAGACCAAGAAUAAAAAAAGGAACUAUGAAAACCAAGACCAACUGUCCUAUGACAACAAGAGAGGACCUAAGGCCGAGAAAGUGCUUCAAUUCAACCAAGAGACUAACUUAACUGCCCUGCUUCUGGAGGCCAAAGAGCUGGAGGCCCGAGUGAUCAUUCUCUCUGCCAGCGAGGAAGAUGCAGCCGCCGUGUACAAAACAGCACGCUUCCUCAACAUGACAGGCUCAGGCUAUGUAUGGCUGGUCGGGGAGCGUGAGAUGUCCGGUAAAGCUUUGAGCGAGGCCCCUGACGGGCUGAUUGGCCUCCAGCUCAUCAAUGGCAAGAAUGAAUCGGCACACAUCAGUGAUGCCGUUGCUGUCGUAGCCCAGUCCAUCCAAGAGCUCUUUGAGAAAGAGAACAUCACAGAACCUCCAAGGGGCUGCGUGGGCAAUACCAACAUCUGGAAGACCGGGCCACUUUUUAAAAGGGUACUGAUGUCUUCCAAGUACCCAGAGGGCCUAACAGGACGCGUUGAGUUCAAUGAUGACGGUGACAGAAAAUAUGCUCAUUACAGCAUUCUCAACUACCAGAAGACCAGACUGUUUCAAGUCGGCAUUUACAAUGGAACACAUGUGGUGAUGAAUAAACAGAAGAAGAUUAUUUGGCCUGGAGGUGAAACAGAAAGACCGAGAGGAUUCCAAAUGUCUACUCGAUUAAAGAUAGUGACCAUUCAUCAGGAACCCUUUGUGUAUGUGAAGCCAACUACGCUGGAUGGGACCUGCAAGGAAGAAUACACACCUAAUGGUGUCUUAAUUAAAAAGGUGAUCUGCACUGGACCAAAUGAGACCAUCCCAGGUAACACAUCAGGACGCCCAAUUGUUCCCCAGUGUUGCUACGGAUUUUGCGUUGACCUUCUGAUCAAAUUGGCAAUGACCAUGAACUUCACCUAUGAAGUACACUUGGUGGCAGAUGGGAAAUUCGGAACACAAGAAAGGGUAAAUAACAGUAACAAGAAGGAAUGGAAUGGUAUGAUGGGCGAGCUCCUGGGUGGCCUUGCUGAUAUGAUCGUUGCACCCUUGACGAUCAACAAUGAACGAGCCCAGUACAUUGAAUUUUCCAAGCCUUUCAAAUACCAGGGACUGACUAUCCUUGUUAAAAAGGAAAUUCCUCGCAGUACACUGGACUCAUUCAUGCAGCCAUUCCAGAGCACUCUGUGGCUACUGGUGGGUCUAUCGGUGCAUGUGGUGGCGGUGAUGCUUUACCUACUAGACCGGUUCAGCCCUUUUGGAAGGUUUAAAGUAAACAGUGAAGAAGAAGAGGAGGAUGCCCUCACCUUAUCUUCAGCUAUGUGGUUUUCCUGGGGUGUCUUGUUGAACUCUGGAAUUGGAGAAGGUGCCCCACGUAGUUUUUCAGCAAGAAUCUUGGGAAUGGUGUGGGCUGGCUUUGCUAUGAUUAUAGUAGCAUCCUAUACUGCCAAUCUGGCUGCCUUCCUGGUGUUGGACCGGCCUGAGGAGCGCAUCACCGGCAUCAAUGACCCAAGGCUAAGGAACCCAUCAGACAAGUUCAUCUAUGCCACAGUGAAGCAAAGUUCGGUGGAUAUUUACUUCCGGCGACAAGUUGAGCUGAGCACCAUGUACCGCCACAUGGAGAAGCACAACUACGAAAGCGCCGCUGAAGCCAUCCAGGCUGUUCGGGACAACAAGCUGCAUGCUUUCAUCUGGGACUCUGCGGUGCUGGAGUUUGAAGCCUCGCAGAAGUGUGACCUGGUGACCACGGGAGAGCUGUUUUUCCGUUCUGGCUUUGGCAUAGGCAUGCGCAAGGACAGCCCCUGGAAACAGAAUGUGUCCCUGGCUAUUCUCAGUUCCCAUGAGAAUGGCUUCAUGGAGGACCUAGAUAAAACCUGGGUGAGAUACCAGGAGUGUGACUCAAGGAGCAAUGCCCCAGCCACACUCACCUUUGAGAAUAUGGCAGGUGUCUUCAUGCUAGUUGCUGGUGGCAUUGCAGCUGGGAUCUUCCUCAUUUUCAUCGAGAUUGCAUAUAAGCGCCAUAAAGACGCCCGCAGGAAGCAGAUGCAGCUAGCCUUUGCGGCCGUCAAUGUUUGGAGGAAGAACCUACAGGACAAUAAAGAGAGCUCAGGGAGUCAAGCUGUGGGUGCGGCUGGGACUCCAUCUUUACCCUCUUCCUCUGUAGAGACUCAGGAUGAUAGAAAAAGUGGUAGAGCAGACAGCGACCCAAAAAAGAAACCCUCUUUUAGGUCCAUCAGUACCACCCUGGCCUCCAGCAUCAAGAGACGUAGGUCCUCCAAAGACACGCAAUUCCCACCCACAGACAUUACGGGCCAACUCAACUUGUCCGACCCGUCUGUCAGCACGGUGGUGUGAGGCAGAGAGAGAGGGAGAGUUUAACAUAAAAACAUGCUCAUUCUUUAGAGACAAACAAGAUGGAACUAGAGGGGAGCACUGUAGUACUGCUCCUCUACGUUUUGCACAAUGGAUCCAUCAUGGACGAGAACUACUGAGCCACUUCACCUUUAUGAAGAGCCAAUGGGACCUGUUGGGAUUUGAUGAUGAACGGCAAGGGAUGGCAUGACACUGCAAUGCACUGGAGCACUGCGAACACACAGACCAUAUAAACAUAUACACCAUCACAUCUUGAUGCUAAAAUCAGUAUACUAUCAUUCCAUCCACCAGUACUUCUUCUGUAUAAAUUCUUUAUCAUUAUGUAGAAAUAUUUCUUAUUAGUAUUAGUGCUUAUUCUUAUGUUGAUUAAGUGGUUUAAGUAUUGUAAAGUAUAAUUUAGAACAAAGAACAAAACAUUUCAUGUCGCAAGGCCGAUUCUACGGCCAUUAUUAAGAGAAAUAACUAGUUGUAGUAUGUAUGAAAUUAAUUCUAUUAAUCAUUUACAUAUUAUAUUUAUCUUCUUUACAUUUUUAUUGUUUUAUUUGCUUUCUGUUCAUUGUUUUUCAUUCUUUGUCUAUAUAAUAUAUAAAGCAAAAUAUCAGCCAGUCAAGCACAUGAUCUGUGCUGUUUCAUAUGUCAUUGUCUUUUAUAUUCUAACAUCCCUUUGCAUGUAAUACGCAUGCAAAUUUUUCCCUAAAGGAUUAUGGACAAGAAAAAUAUACAGCCCCCCCUCCCCCACCUCCAUUUAUCACAGAAAAUGUAUUCAAUUUUAGAUUUAAGAUGUGGCUUAUUGCACAUCAGUUAAUUGCAAACUCUCCUUCGAACUCAACAGUUCUUCAUUUUUAAAUGCAGCCGUUCUCAACUUCAGUCUGAAGGGUGCAUCAAGGGGCCGAGUUUUUUCAUCCAACUACCACUUGGCAUCUCAUGCAAAAUCAUCUCUCUGUGUCAUCAACACAGACGACCUCAGAGAUCUUUUACAUGAGAAAACCCCAAGUGUGCCCAUUUAUUUUCAACGCUGGUGCUGUAGUUUCGUAUACACCUAUUAGUUAGAUGGCAAAACUGGCCCGUUCCCAAGUUCUGGGGUUGAGAAACAUCAACAAAAGCUGUACAAAUAAGGACUGCUUACUGUAAAUGUUCACUUAAUGCUAUUUAUAUGACCCAUGGAAACUCCCCUAUAAGAGAGAUCAUCUACCUAGCACUUUAAUGUGAAUCUGUUGGAAGCUAUACGCAUAUGGAAAUUAUGCAAUUUGCCAAAUGUUGAUUGUAAUACUCUUACUUGAUAUGAAAAUGCACAUUUGAGAAUGCGAAAUCUGUUAUAUGUAACUGUCAGCUGUUUGAAUUUAACAAAACACUCCUUUUCUAGUUUUCAUAUAUCAAGAGAUUUGGAUUUGUUUCUGAUAUAUCAGAGUUAAACUGUGUCAAAUUAGUGCAUAUCGCAUAUAUCUUCUGUUUACUAUUAGCUUACACUAGUUUUUAGUCUUUUCAAACUGACAGGUGUAUGUACAGUAUGUUUUUCUCAUUGCUUGGGUCAAUGAAUGUGGUUUGUACUUCAGAAGAAUGAUGUAUUAUAUCUGAUUUCAGGGCAUGUGAACACUGAAUACAGUUUAUGUUGCCUGGACUGCUAGAUUGCAGAUGAUUUUAUGAAAAUGAUGAAAAAGGGGAGUGUUUUUAUGAGAAACUGUCACACUGUAAAUGACACACAAACACAAUCAGAUAAAUUACAUCACAUACAGUAACACACAUAUCUUGAGCAUAAGUCUUAGUUUAAUAAGUGCUACAUCAUGUUUCAGUUAAUUUUAGAUACUUCGUCAAUGCAUUUUGACAUGCAUUUUGACAAAAUAUAUAGAAAUAACAUUUCUGUUUGCCAAUAAAUUUGUGCCAUGUCAGUUGCAGACCACAA